AUGUCGUUGAACGUCACGAUUCCGCUGAGCUACAAGGAAGCAGUUAAGGUCCAGUACCAAGACGAGCCGGAGGUUUACAGCCAAUUUUUGAAGCUUAUACAUGAUUUCGAUAGCCAAGACAUCGAUAUUUUCGGCGUCAUGCAACGGAUAUCACAACUUUUCCACGGGAACCCUGUUCUAAUCAGAGGAUUCAACACGUUCCUCCCAGUUGGGUAUUGUGUAGACGUAUCUUCAAAUACAGUCACCAUCAGUACCCCACAGGGAACGUUGACGGGAGGCCCCGACAAUUUUAGAUCUACAAGAAUAAUAAAGCCACCCAGCGAGCUUGGCCCUAACCUCCUUCCGUACCCCUCAAACAUCACACCACCUCUCACAAUAUAUCCUCCGCUCGGCUUUCGUUCGAUAACCCCACAAGCAAACGGCGUCUUCCGUGUCCCAGAGUUCAAUCCUUUACAAGAGAGGAGCGUUCGUGAUCGCGACCGUGACCCUCUGCUGAACGGCCAAGCACCCUCUGAUAAACCGAGACCCAAAAAUAAACGUGUUAAACCUGCUGAUGAGGACCAAGAGGAUGAGGUGAGUCUACACUUACUCCGCUAG